GCCCAAACUGCACAAUGGGAACUGUGUGGGAAAAGCAUCCCCUGGCUCCCGUCCCUAGCACAACUGGUUGUAGCCUCACCACUCAAGAUAUUGUCUCCUAAAAUACUGUCCCAAACUUCAGUGCAUCCCUGGAAGAGAAAGAGCCCCUUACACAGAAGGCAUGGUUCUGCUGGUGGCAGCAAUGCUACUUCUGGCCUUGGCUGUGAAGUCAGAAGCUCUCUGCUCACCCACAACCUUCUACAAGGACUGCUGGAUCCGACGCUUCCCAGGGCUCCUGAUUGACCUGCAGGAGUCACAGAAGAGGGGAGCCCAAGUGCUGAAAAUUUAUGCAGAAGUCUCACCCCAGCAGUGCAGCAGAACCUGCUGCCUCUUGAGCAAUGCUUCCUGCAAUCUCGCAGUGUUCUACCAUGGAGCCAUUCAUGAGAGCAUGAACUGCCUGCACGUAUCCUGCCCAGCACUGGAGAGCUGCAUCCUAAAGACUAGGAUCAAUGUGGUUCUGUACAACAUCACCACAGGGACUGAUCCAGAUCUGCUCCUUUUUGGGAAACUGGCAUCCUCAGAGGCCAAUCUUCAUCUUUCACCCAGUGAACAUGAAAGGCAGAACAGCACAAAAGCCACCAAGCAGGAGAGGUGCCAGCAUCGCAACACCACCUCCAGUUCUCUUUUGAUCCAAGCUCCAUCUUCUGUCAGUAGCUACAGCUUGCCAGCCAAUGCACAAGCCUCCAGCACUGGCCUGAGAGCCACAGCCCCUGCAGUUCCUACUCACUCCAUGGCAGAAACUCUUCCAACAGAUGAUACUUUUGCUAAGAGGAUGAGCACAGCUUCAGAAAGCAGCAGCUCAGACAAAACUCUGCACUCAACUUUGAUACCCAGAUCUGCCAAGGUGUUGUCCCCCAUGCCCACUCCUCCUGGCCUCAACAGCAGCAAGCAGCACUCCAAUGAAACUAAAGGCUACAACAGCAGGAAUUACACCUUGAAUAACCAGGCAUCUCCCUGGGAGCCUGCAGCCUUGGGGGUCUGGCUGAUUCCUGUUGUGCUUUGCUGUUCUGUCAUCUUCCUCUGCUGCUGCACUGUUGCUUUUACAGCAGGGCAUUGCAGCAGCAGGAAAGGGCAGUACAAGCCCAUGUGGAGAAAAAGAACCACCUUGAGUCAAUUCAUGAAAUACAGCACUGCCAGGGGCAGCUGGUGAGGUGUGGGGUGCUCACCAUCCUUCUGCAACGAACACAACUUCCACAUGACUUGUCUGCACCAGCUCUUUGCUUUACAGAACCUGGUGGUUUCAGAACCUCUUGGUUGUCAUUUUAGUUCUCAACAUAUGGAAUGCAAUUCUGCUGUCUCUUUAAGGCAUGAAGCACACACUCAGACACAGCACACAUCAUACAUAGCUUCUACUGCAUGCUCAGAGGGGUUCAGGCACAUGUCAGUGCAUCGCCUCACCCAGACCAAUGCCUAACCAACAGUUCACCCUCUCCCUACCUUAAGAGAGCUAAAUCACUGCAACUGUACCCAUCCUCUCCUGUCUUUGAACUAACCCAAGAAAACCAACUGUAAUCAGUGAGACCAAGGUUUCAUGUCCUGUACCUAUUUUUAUAGCAUCAUAGAGUCAUUCUCUAACCGUCCUUUAAUUGCCUCAUUCUUCUCUAAGAACUGUCUAGUUUGUUUCUUUCCCCAUUUAUCCCCAAUACUGAGGCAAAACAACUUAGCCAGCACUCUUUACUCUUCAAAGGGCAACACCAAGAAGCACCCAAGUCCCCAGAAAUACUGAUUUAGCUGAACACAAGCAUCUGAUCAGUCUUUAGGUCCCACUCCCUCACUUCACUCUUCCAAUGAUGACCACUUUAAGUGUUUUCCAAGCCCCUCCACAACCACCUCCAGAGGUCAGCCGCUUUUGUAGUUGGUUCUCUCCAAGGCAUUGACAACUCUCUUGUUACUGGCUAACACAAAUGCAGGUCACAAACUAUCCUGUGACUUGUUUGGGCUGUGUUGUCUGCUUUGCCUUGCUUACUCACAUUUAUCACUGACACUACUAACCUUUAAACCAAGACUCUGUCAUUUAACCUGUUUUGCACAGGGCUACACAAGACGUUUUGAAAGCUCUAAGUUAGCUAAGAAAAUUUUGCUUUUGCUUUUUUCCUCAUCCUGUAAAACCUCCUCAUAAAAGUGCUCCUCCUGCCUAGAAAUUAAAAAAGUAGCAAGGGAUUUCCCUGCUUUACCUUAUUAAAGCAAACCUCUUCAGCAGCAACCAGGAUUGUCCUUCCUCUUUUAACAAACUUGUUGAUGUCUCAGAGUUUCUCCCUUUCUUCACUUGCCCUAAGAAAUUUCCAUAGCCAGACAAGUGUAGAUGUUACAGAAGGAAACAAUAAAGCUGACUUGCAUGGCUCUGUGCC